UCUGGGCCAGAAGAGGAGGACGGAACCAUUCAUUCUUCUGUGGUUGCCGGAGAAAACGUGGAGGAUGAAGAAGAGACCCUGAGGAAGAAAAAAUCAAGUCAGGAUCAAACCCGACAACUUUAACUGCACAAGAAGACACACAAAGCUUCUUAAACUCGUAGGAUUUCACAGUCGUCGCUUGGAAAAAUCGCACCGCCAGCAGUUCCACGCCCUGAGGAGUUGAGUGAGGACUCUUACAUCAUUUGGAUUUGACCGAAGAAAUUGUCUCUCUGUCCACACAAGAGGUGUGUCUGAUGUGACGCCAGCGGGCUGGCUUAGGGAGCACAACUUCAAUACAAUGUAGACACCAAAAACCAGACAGAAUAAGAGUCUGAAGACCAAGCGGACAGAAGGAGGGUGAGUUCAAGGAGGAGGAAGAACAGCUGUGCUGAAACAACACCAGGAGAUAAGAAGUGAAAGAAGCAGAGAAAAAGAGAGGGAAGCGGCAGACUGUGAAUCAUUGACGUGAACCUUCUGUGUACAGCAGCGUCACCUACUCAUUCCUGUGAAGUGUUCACUCACUCUCACAUCUCCACUGGAGAAGGAUCACAACCUCAGAUCUCCGUCUUUUGAGGGCCUCACGCUCCACCUUUCCACCUCUCAGCAGUGCUAAGAACCUGAACAGAGGGAGCCCCCAGCCACCGUCAGCAUGUGCCAUGUCAUUGUCACCUGCCGCUCCAUGCUGUGGACUUUGCUGAGUAUUGUGGCCGCCUUUGGAGAGCUCAUCGCCUUCAUGAGCACUGAUUGGCUGGUAGGAUACCCUCGAACCCCUGAUGCUGUCUUCGGCCCCCAUGGGGCCACCACAGCCGGAGAAGCCUACAGACCAACUUUAGGAAUCUAUGGCCGCUGUAUAAAACUGCCCCACCUGAAGCGUGGAAUACUGUGCGGACCGUACGCGAUACACUUUGGGGAGAUUGCCAGCGGGUUCUGGCAGGCUACUUCUAUCUUCCUGGCGGCAGGGAUCCUGCUGCUGUGUGCUGUGGCGUUCAUCUCGGUCUUCACCAUGUGCUUCCAAAGCAUCAUGAAGAAGAGCAUCUUCAACGUGUGUGGACUGCUGCAAGGGAUUGCAGGUCUGUUUUUGAUCCUGGGUCUGAUGUUGUACCCCGCUGGCUGGGGUUCAGACAAGGUCCAGCUGUACUGCGGCCCUGAUGCGGCUCCAUACCGGGCUGGGCUCUGCUCCAUGGGCUGGGCCUUCUACACUGCCAUGGGCGGCACUGUGCUCACCUUCAUCUGCGCCGUCUUCUCUGCACAGGCUGAGAUCGCCACCUCCAGCGACAAGGUUCAGGAGGAGAUCGAGGAGGGGAAAAGCCUUAUCUGCCUCCUCUGAGGCCCAGAUACUUAAGUCCUGUUGGGAAGAGAAGAAGAGGAAGCAGAAGGGAGAGACACCUGCCCUUCUGUCUGCUCUCAUGAGGCUGGCCUGUGAAAUGGAGGCCCCUGCAUUGUUUACCACUAAAACUGACUCUUUGUUUGUCUCUGUUUUGUGUGUUUAUGUGGGAGAAAUCUACAAGUGCCAAGUUUUUUUCUCAGUGUUUGUCAUUCAGCCACUAGAGGUGCUGUGUCUGUUAUUGUAUUCAUGUUCAAGCAUGUGGGUGCCUAGAGAGGCUCUGUCUGUCACCACAUGUUCUGUAAAUAAGUGUGAUUAUAUAUAUUUUGUACAUAGUUAUGAUCGCAGAAUGAAAAUUGGUCAGCUUGAUCCAGGCUGGGCUGAUGAUGUCACUCUUGCCUUAAAAACACUGGUGUUUUUGUCACCAGACCACGACCAGCGAACCUGGAUCUGUUAACUGUUUGUGUGAGCAUUAACUCAACAAGGGAACCACUACUCAGUCAGAAUAAACUACUCACAGAAUAAAUAGCUUCAGUUCAGAGUGGAUGUCCUUUUAAAGCUUACAGAAUGUACUGUUAUUUGAAUGAUUAACGCGUUUGCAGACCCUUGAAAUGUAUUGAUGGAAAUGAUUCUUCAUGCAGACUGCACAAGGACGAGCAGAGGAAGCUCUGUGGUGCAUUUUGUUUGUCCUCUACUCUGCAAAACUCCUGUAAAUGAAGUGAGCUUUAUUUGUAGCCUGAGCUGAGAGAUGGCCUGUGAAAGGUCUGUGUCUGGUCCUCCUUCAGCAGACAUCCUGUAAUCUGUGCACAAAGACAUGGACAUAAAUGAGGACACACACACAUGAAGUAUUGCUGUUGUUAGUAAUGUCUGGUUUCAGGGAGCCUGUCGAGUCGUAGAUAGCGUCCUGUCUGUUCCCAUUUGUUUCUGCCAAACGAAUAAAGAGAAGGGAGAAAAACUAA